UUCGGCCACAAUUUGCCAACCUUCCUCGCAGCAGCAUGAGUAAUUCCUUGGUUCUCAACACUGAAGGCGUGUCCUUGGUCAACAUCCACCCCGUGGUGGUCUUCCAGAUCCUGGAUCGCUACCUCCGCCGCGCGGAGGACCAAGAACGCAUCAUCGGCACGCUUCUCGGCGUGGUCGAUUCCGAACAUGGCGUCGUGACCGUGAGCAACUCGUUCCCGGUCCCGCACUUGGAAAAGGGCGACGACGUCGCCGUGGGCAAGGACUACCAUCGCCAAAUGCUUCUUCUGCACCAACGUGUGAACCCGAACGAAGUCGUCGUCGGGUGGUACGCGACGGCGUCGGCCGACGGCAGUGUCGUCAACGAGAACUCGUGCUUGAUCCACGACUUUUACAGCGCCGAAUGCGCCGCCCCCGUGCACAUCGUCACCGACACAUCCCUCCGCGGCGACAACUUGAACAUCUCGGGCUUCAUCUCGUCCGCGUUGACCGUGGCUGACGUGGCACUUGCGAACCAGUUCAAGCAGGUCAAGGUCCAGACCAAGACGUACGAAGCCGAGUCCAUUGCCUUGAACGUCAUGGCCAAGGCGUCGACAGCCGCCUUGUCGUCGCUCCCCACGGAACUCGAAGCCCUCGAACACUCGAUCGCGCGGCUGCACGCGCUCCUCGGCCAAAGCGCCGACUUUGUGGGCAACGUCGUCUCGGGCGCGUCUGUCGGGAACCCCAAGAUCGGCCGGGAGCUGGCGGAAGCCGUGGCAUCCAUCCCUGCGAUCCGGACGGACGUGUUUGACCAGAUCUUCAACAAUGGCCUGCAGGACCUGCUCAUGGUCUCGUACUUGUCGAGCUUGACCCAAGCCCAGCUCAGCAUUGCGGAAAAGCUCGUCAACGCGUAGAAGCCCCCCGUCGUUCGUUAGGUCUAAUCUAUCAUGCACCCCCGUCUACGGGGCACUACUACAUGCAUCCA